UUCCGCGCGCGGCAUUUCACAACCAAAACAAACCGCGACGUUCCUCCUCGUGCGUGCCCAGAGUUAUGUGAAAUUCACAACUUCCAAAAAAUCAUGUUCACCCGAACCGUUUCGCUCUGCUCAUCCGCGGUAUUCCGUCGGCUCCUCCCGGCUCUCCCCACCACCUUGAGGCCCAUCCACACGACCGGAUUUGUAGCGGCCAAAAAGUUCGUCGACGCGGAAAAUGACUUCGCGCACCAGGUGAUUCAAAGGGGAAUCCUUGCGCCCAGCGGAACAGUUCGGGAUUUCGCUGCAAGCGAAACGGAACUGCUGGAUCGGUUAUCACAGGUGGUCGCGGAGUGUCGGAACGAAGGGGUUUGUAUCUCGGAGGAACGGUUCGAUGAUUUCGCGAGGGGGCUUGCGGAGAAGGUUCCGGAGUUUGGGUACGAGGAGCUGGUGCGGGUGUUGAAUCUGCUGGUGGAGAUGGGGCCGACUCCGGCGGUGGACACGCGGAAUUAUGCGCGCAUUUGGAACGCGGUUGAUGCGGCUUGUUUGAGGAGGGUUCCGGAGUGGGACACGGACCGGUUGCUGUUUAUGGCGGACCAGUGGUACCCGUUGAGGUUGGCGAAGGUGGGGAGGUUUGUGGGGAAGGCCGUGUGGAAGAUUAGUGGCAAGAUGAGGAAGCUGAACAAGGAUCAGCUGGUGAAGACGGUGUUUUAUAUUAAUUUGACGCGGGUUCCGGUGGAGAACAUGGUCGACAUUGAGAUCAACUUGAAGAAGAACUUUUACAACUUUGGAAUUGAUGAUUUGUCGGUGCUUUGUAUGGGAUUCUUCAAGACUAUGACGCCGGUUCGGAGUGUGGAACUUAUUGAGAGGAUUUACCAACUGACGAUUCAUCACGCGGGUGAUGUUCAGGACAUAAGUUUAGCAGCGAUUUUGAAACUGCUCCGCUACUCUUCAAGAAUCGCUCAUGCCCAGUCCAUGGAACGACUGCUGUCCACCUUCGUCCCACAAGUCCCCCGGUUAUCACUGUUCUGCUGUCUUCACCUGGCCCUGCUAGGAACCGACAUCCACCUCUGCCACCAACCAAUCCUGGAAGCCAUCAUCGACCGCUUCUCCCAGAACAUCAAACAACUCCGCCUCAAAGACAUGGAGCGCAUCGUGUUCGCCCUGGCCCACUUCAACAUGGAUCUCCCAAGCCAAAAAGACCUCAACCUCAUGCGCGCCAUCCAAUCGGAACUCCCCACCCGAAUCCACGAAAUCACGACCUACCCCAAGUCCUACCUCUCCCUUCUGAACUUCCUCACCCUCAAAGAAAUCUACAGCGAAGAGCUCAUCACGGCCGCCUUCGACCGGCGCUUCCUCCAGAUGACCUACGGCCGCAACGUGGCCGGCGCCGGCCGCGAAGUCAUCGCCCUCAAUUCCUUCCUGCGCAUCAACGCCCCAACCUACUCCGGCAACCUCUUCCCGGAAAAACCCCUCAAAGUGGUCGCCAAACUGACCCAGGACUACGUCCCCAGCACCGAGUACCGCCUAACCAAAUCCGACCGCAUGCUCCUAGAAAUCCAGUCGACCUUCACCCAACGCCACCGCUUCGCCCACAUAAUCCACGUACUCCCGCACUACCAACGCCCGGACGUGAUCGCCCUCUUCAACGAAACCACCGGCGCCUUUGAGGACGUGGAAGCGCACUGUCCGCCGCAGUACUCGGGUGCCAUCCUGAGCAGGGAGUGCUUGCUGGGGGAGCGAGGAGCGAACGAGAAGGGGCUGAGGCUGGUGGCGAUCGUGGCCGGGUCGUGGAACUGUUACGUGCGCGAUCAGCACCGCUUUACCGGCGGGUUCGCGAUGAAGCUGAAGCAGCUGGCGGCGGUGGGGUACGAGACGGUGGUGAUACCUUGGCACGAAUGGCCAACGUUCGCCCCGGAGUCACGCGAUGGCUAUCUAUUUGACAAGCUGAACCCCCUCCUCAACAACCCGAAAAGUACCGUUUAGUAAGUAAUUCUCUUUUAUUUUUUGUUAUAUUUUGUUCCUACCUAAGAAAUGCAAAAAAAAACAAUACAACAGUUGCUAGUAAUAAAAACGAAAAAAAAAAUGCUACUUUCACAUAAA